UUCCCCAAGCUCUCUGCCUGUCUCCUCUGGUAGGUUCCACAAUGGUACAGCCAGCAUCACGCUGCACAAUGGUUUCCAGGCAGUGAAAGAGCGUGAUUCAGCAAGCCACUCUUUUUUUCCUCUCUUUUAUUUCAUUAUUAUCAGACAUUUUGCCUGCCCUUUUUCUGUUCUGCUCUACACUCUCCCACAGGCUUUUAUUUGGUUCUUUAAAGGAAAACGGGUGAUUUACCUUGAAUCCAACUGCCCAUCUUUUUAUUUUUUUUAUUUUUUUAAUUAUUAUAAAUACCCCAGCUUUUCCUCGGCACUGUUUGGAAUGUGAUUUAAAAAUACCACCUAAAGUCGCAGUUUGGGGGAAAGGUUUCUGGACGAGGAGAAUAGCUCGCAAGCACGGAAUGGGCUAGUAAUAGAAACCUGUACCAGCAGCAGGCCAGACUCAAAUAUCAGCUAUGGCAACCCGUGCAUGAAGUUGAUGUCUUUGAAACAUUUCCUAUAGAUGAGACAUAGCACGCGCUGUGGUAUUUAUGAGCCGCCAUUUCUUGUAUUAUUGUGGUGAACCUACUCUGGAUGUGAAGAUUGCCUUUUGUCAGGUGUGUGUUCCUUACAGGUAAAACAAGGGAUUUGGGAAACAAGUGGAUGUGUCAUAUAUUGCCAAACAUUACAACAUGAGCAAAAGCAAAGUUGACAACCAGUUCUACAGCGUGGAAGUAGGUGACUCGACCUUCACAGUUCUCAAACGCUACCAGAACUUGAAACCUAUUGGCUCUGGGGCUCAGGGAAUAGUUUGUGCUGCAUAUGAUGCCGUCCUUGACAGAAACGUGGCCAUUAAGAAGCUCAGCAGACCAUUUCAGAACCAAACUCAUGCGAAGCGAGCUUACAGGGAGCUGGUCCUCAUGAAGUGUGUGAAUCAUAAAAAUAUUAUCAGUUUAUUAAAUGUCUUCACACCACAGAAAUCUCUGGAGGAGUUCCAGGAUGUUUACCUGGUAAUGGAGUUAAUGGAUGCCAAUCUGUGCCAGGUCAUUCAGAUGGAGUUAGACCAUGAGCGAAUGUCUUAUCUACUGUACCAAAUGCUCUGUGGUAUCAAGCAUCUUCACUCUGCAGGAAUUAUUCACAGGGAUUUAAAACCAAGUAAUAUAGUGGUAAAAUCUGACUGCACAUUGAAGAUUUUGGAUUUUGGACUGGCCAGGACUGCAGGCACUAGCUUCAUGAUGACUCCAUAUGUGGUGACACGUUACUACAGAGCACCAGAGGUCAUCUUGGGAAUGGGCUACAAGGAGAACGUGGAUAUAUGGUCUGUGGGAUGCAUUAUGGGAGAAAUGGUUCGCCACAAAAUCCUCUUUCCAGGAAGGGACUAUAUUGAUCAGUGGAAUAAAGUUAUUGAGCAGCUGGGAACACCCUGUCCAGAAUUCAUGAAGAAGCUGCAGCCAACGGUACGGAACUACGUUGAGAACAGACCCAAGUACGCUGGCCUCACUUUCCCCAAACUUUUUCCAGACUCUCUCUUCCCAGCUGACUCUGAACACAACAAACUCAAAGCCAGCCAAGCCAGGGACCUUUUAUCAAAGAUGCUAGUCAUUGAUCCGGCCAAGCGAAUAUCAGUAGAUGAAGCCUUACAGCAUCCAUACAUUAAUGUCUGGUAUGACCCAGCAGAAGUGGAGGCGCCUCCUCCUCAGAUAUAUGAUAAACAGCUGGAUGAAAGGGAACAUACAAUCGAGGAAUGGAAAGAACUCAUCUACAAAGAAGUAAUGAAUUCUGAAGAAAAGACUAAAAAUGGCGUAGUAAAAGGACAGCCUUCUCCUUCAGGUGCAGCAGUGAACAGCAGUGAAAGCCUCCCUCCAUCCUCAUCUGUCAAUGACAUCUCAUCCAUGUCCACGGAUCAAACACUGGCGUCUGACACGGACAGCAGCCUGGAAGCUUCUGCAGGACCCCUCGGUUGUUGCAGGUGACUAGCCGCCUGCCUGCGAAACCCAGCGUUCUUCAGAGGAUGAUGUAAUUUAGGAGGAAAAAUUAACAGGAGUUAAGAGAUGAAAAGGAAGAGAAAUAAAAUACAAAGAUUUAAACAAAACAAACAAAAAAAUCUUUUCAGCCUGCUUCUCCUACAGAGUUAUGUAAUACAGCUAAGCUCAAGUGUAUAUUUAACUUAACUUAUUGCUCUGCUUUGGUCUUCUUCCAAUGAUGCUUACUGGGGAAAAAAAAAAAGGAACUGAAAAAUCCUUUUUUUUACCCCCUCCCCAUAAGUUGUAAAAUUAAUGGCUGCAAAACCAGCAACCUGCGACUGUCCUUUUCACGCUGGCAUGACAAGGUGUGCAGUAGCCACUCUCAAACAUACGAGUGUGUAUCUGCCUUCACUCUCUGUUCUGUCACCUUCUGCCCAGUGAGGCAGAUAGGGAUAUACAUGCAUUUUUCUUCAUAUAUGAGUAGCACAUACACACACGUGCCAAUAGAAUUCUGGCAGUGUUUGCAGCUGUGUGCCUAUAGGAGCAUGCACAUCUGCAUACGUACUUAGUGUGCACUCCACAACUAAAUGGCCCAUUUCAGGUGAACUGCAUAACUACAUGUGUGAUAUUACCAGUAUAUAUUCUAUUUGUUUGUUCACUGAUGAGGUUGCAUAUCUUGUAUGAGGAUUUGUGGAAGUGUAAAUAACCACAUUGAACUGUGGCUCCCUCAGACACUUGAAGAUGUAGCACCAAAAUUUCUGCUGAGAGUUGUAUAUGUAUUUUGAAAUAAUAAGCAGUUUGUAUUGAAAGAAGAAGCCACAAAGCUUCAUAGAAAAAUGUUUGUUUGUGAACGUUAAGACUUGUUGUUCUGAUUUUUAGAGCAGAUAUGCCAAGUUUAAGACCAGGUUAGAAGGAAGCACAUAUAUCUUUGCAAGCUACAGGGAACAAGAAUGAAGGUUUUUUUAUGCAUGUCUAAGCCCAGAAAGAUUUAUCUCAGUAAGCAACUUUUCCUGUCAAUGUUAAGUGAGUUAUCAUCUUAGUUCAUAGAUAGGCUUGCUAUUAUGAAUUGUGUGUAUGCUUGUAUGUUAGGGGGUAUGACAGCGUUGGGGAAUAGGCAGAUUAUGAUCAAAAGGACAUGUAACGACUUGGUUUUAUUUUAUGUCUAGAUCUUUACUAGGUUAAAUAGAGAAAGGAUAUUUGCAGCCCACUCCCUCUCAGUGUAUGUUUGUGGCUUAGAGGUUGUUUUCCUUUUAAAUCAUUCCCUUGCAGGGAUCUCCACUAAGAGAACAGGCCUUCUCUAGGUGCUUUUGGCUGUUCAUUUGCUUGUUACAAAUCAUCUGACUCCCCAGGAAGUUUUAUCAGCUGUGUUACAUGGAAAAGAACCACAGAGUGCAUGGGUCUCGUAUUCCUAUAUUCUAAGUAAUAAUAGAGGGUAUUAAUCAGCUAGUGCACUGGGCUGAAAGGGUCACAAUCAGGGGUCCAAGGCAGUUUUGACAAGUUCUGAAGAACCCAACAGUGACCGAAUGUCAAAUGGAUUUUAUCAGGUAAUAAUACGUAGGAUUCCCAGUGGUAAGUAACAGCAAGCAUUUUUACCAGAGAAUGGCAAAACUCCACACAGAAUUUCAGAACAGCUGAAUAUUUUUCCAGCCAAAACAGCAAUUAGCAUUUUCCACUGCAAGGUCAUCAUUACCCGAGUUGGAAAUUAACUAAAAUCUGAGUCAUCUCUUACCAAAGUGUGCCAUGUAAACUGAAAUGAGCUAAAUCAUACUCUCAUGCUUUUCCAAAUAUCAAAGAGAGAAACUAUUUAGAAUAUAUUACUGGAUAUUUUAAAUUCACUAAUUCUUAUGUAUUCAAAAUUCUACCAAAAUAGGACUGUUCAAUUAGGUGGCUUACAAGCCUGCCAUUCUGUGGUAGGAAAAAAAAAUCAGUAACAAGUCAGAUUUUGUUCAAAGGGAAGAAGGCAAAGAAAAAAAACUUCUGUCCAGGGUGGGGAGGAGGGGAGAUAAAAAAUUAAGUGGAUAUAAAAUAAUUUUAGACUUGUUAGGUCUGAGCUGUCUCAAAAUUGCUGUAGGAAAUGGUUUUUUUUCCCCAGGUAUAAUUUUGGUAGAUUUUUAUGGAAAUUUUUUUAAGAAUAAAAUUAGGUCAAUAAUGCUCUAAAAACUCAGAGCAGUAAUUGUAAAAGCAAUAAUUUACUACUGCUAAAAAUAUUUAGCAAUAUUCUCUCUUAAGCCAUGAAACAUCAAGUCAUUGUUGAGUGAUAUAACUCUCACUUCAAAGCCAAUGAUCAUAGAAGUGUUGAAAGGUGAACAGCAAUGCUCUGCAGGUAUGAAGGCAAUAACACCAAGGGUGACUUCUUAGCAAUAAUGAAAUGUAUCACCUCCAGAUUUAAUUCACCGUAGGUAUAUAUUAAUAAUAUUCAGGUAACUAGUAUCUGCUUUACAUUCCGUAGUGUGCACCAUUUGGGUGUGUUAUUUAAACAAAACAAAACAAAAAAGUGUCUCGAAGAGGCAAAGCUGUACGUAGGAGAAACUGCAAAAAUACCACAAAUAGAACUGUAGAAACUUGGAAUAAUCACAGUUCAUUGCCAGUGAUAUUAUGAAGGUGUGGCAUAGGCAAUAUCAGAGAAGCCAUUUGUAAUAGACAGAUGCUUACAGAUCUUCCAUGUUUCAUCUAUCAAAGCCAAAAACCAUGCUCUUACUCCCAUGGUAUAAUUCAAUCUUGUUUGGGUUCGUGAGUGCUGGGUGGAGAACCAGUCACCAUAGAAGAUGUCCUAGUGAUCAGCACUAAAUGAACCCACAACAUAGAAUUUAUAUAGCUUUAUUCCCAGAAGCCCUGAUUCUGCUAAGCACCAGUGCUUGUACAAACAUUUAAUGGAGGUUAUAGGGAUGCAUACAUAAUUUUAACUAGCAUGUGCUUUUGUCCUUUGCUCAGCAGUGAUCGACAUCAGCAUGUGCUGAAGUGCCUUGCUGAAAUGGGGCCUAAAAGAAUUACUGCAUCUCUUUUUGCCCUCAAAUUAGUUAAGUCUCCUUUAUGAGAAGCUCUGUAUGGGGGAGGAGACUUGGGGCUGUCCACAUUGGACACUAGAAAAAAGCCAUCAAUGAAGAAAAGCAAUAGGUCUUUACAAUUCCGGUCCUUGUUUGUCCAAACUGAAGUAGCAACCAUAAACAGGAAUAGUAUCCUUUGUUUUGCUUUGUGUCAGGAAGUUGGUGCCGUCAGCUGAUAUCUUACAAGAAUGCAUGUACUUUUGAAUAAAAGAUUGAAGUUAUGAUAUUCUGUAGCUGUGUUAAGGUGAACAAAAUUUUUCUUUCAGAUUCUAGAAGUUUUAAUACCCUUCUCUUCAAGUAUAUACCCCUUUAUUCCAAUAGUCUGUUCAGUUUGAUAAUGUAGAUGCUUUUCUUAUUUUUCUUGCCAGUGAUCUUUUAAAUCUACCUCUCUUUAAAAUGUUGCUAAAUAAUACUUGAGUAACAAUUCUCACCUCAUUCUCUGAGGUUUGCAGUUGUAAGCGUAAUUGCCACCACUGCAGAGAUGUAGGAAAUUGGGAAGCCAGAGCUCUAUGACGGAUGUUCCAAGGUAUUUAGGCACUAAAGCGGGAGCAAUCAGAGAGCCUAUGCCAGAAGUGGCGUAUUUUCCAUCAGCAUGAAUGGCAGCUGUGGACACCUUGGUAUUUUUGAAAAUAUGCCUAAGAGCCUCUUGGUAUCUUAGGUACCUGAAUACCCGAAGAAAUUCUGUCCCAAGUGGCUUGCUUAAGUCAUGUAGAUAGCCAUCAUCAGGGUGAGGAAAAUGGUAGAAGCAUCUUAACUAUCAGUGGCUGCUUAGAGCACUAACUGCAAAAAAUAGCAUUGAGAAGGGAGAGAGGAAACUUGCUGCAAAACACUCCUGCUUUAUUUUCAGAUGGAGUACUUCUGGAUAGUAUGAGAAACUAAAAAAAAAAAAAAAAAAAAAGUCAGAAUUGCUCUUAAAAGACCCUUCCUCCCAUUUUCCUUCUCACUGAUGAGUUUAAAUGAGGAUGAGGUAUUGAUUUACUUCAAGUUGAUGCAAGGUUAUGCAUGUUUUUUAAUCCAAAAUUUUCUGUAAUUUUUGAAAUUAGUUUUCAGAUAAUGACUUGGCAGCUGGAAUAGUAUCUUGUGAGUUUUGACUAUAUUGCGUUAAAAUGUAAUAGAUCUUUAGAGAGUUCAGAUAUUUGAGUUGGUCACACACUGAUUUAUGUGAAUCGCAUUGUGGUUGAUAAUCCUCCCAUACUAUCUAGAAUUCCAUGGCACAGAUAGAUUCAGGAAUCUUAGCAAGCUUGCAUUAUAUAAAGCAGAACUUAAAGCUGUGUUUGGAGUGCAAGUAUGGUAACGUGUCAAAAAAAAAAAAAAGCUACAGAAAGCCUGAUCAGGUACUUUCCUAAUGUGCUGAUGGUUUUCCUCUGGAAAUCACCAGUUCCUGCACAGUAUUGGCUUCCAGAGAUUACACUAGACAGAUGACCAUGUCACUGUAUCACUCUUCUAAACUUAUAACCAAGAAUACAUUCAUAUAUAUGGUUUUAUCUUCAUAUAUAUUGCUUUACCUUCAAGCUUUGGGCUAACGAUACUGAAGAAAUUAGACUUGUUGCAGUGCCUUUAGGAAGUUUUCCAAAGUAGUGCUACUUAACUGAUUUGGAUUGUAUUCUAAUGUUUGUCAGUGAGCACCAGUGAUUUCUUUUCCACCAACAUAUUUUCUCAUGAAAAAUAUGCUAAUAGUAAAUUUUAGAACUGCCUGAGAGAGUCAGUUUCAGCAAAUCUCCCAAAUUUGUUAUUAAAAAAAAGAAAAAUGUGCUUUGAGAAUCCUGAAAUCAUUGUAAAAUAUAAUUGGAAUAUUUUAAUUCAAAAUAAUUUUUAAUACCCAACAUUAGCUUAUUUAUAUUACAAACUUUGCAGUAUUUCAAAGGAUCAAAAAUUAUUUUUGUUUCAGAUCUAUAUUUCUUCAUGCUUACUGAGAUUUUAAAAUUAUGUGUGAAUUCAAACAUGCAAAAACAAAAAAAUAAAAGGCAUUUUGCAACAAACUCUGUGUGCUCCCAGGGAGAGCAAUUUUAAAGAAAACCUGCAGGGAAGAAUUAGAGUUUCUUUUAAUAGUCUGGCAAAAAAGUCUGAGCUAGUGGUUCACUUUAAGUUUAGGCUUUUGUUUUUCUUUGCUUCUGUAUGAGUGUGUAGGAAAGAGAGGGAGUGCAUAUGGAUGUGUUUUUUAGAACCUGUGUUCUAUUCAUAUUUGAUCCAAGUUCUCAGUGUGGAGAAAGAGCAUAACUGUAACAUAAUCACACAUCUUCAAGGAUCUGAUGGCUGUGCUUAUUUGAACUUCCACCACUUUACAAAGGACACGGUUAACUAAUUGCAAGCUCAAGGUGGUCUUUUUCACACACACAGACAAAAAGAAAAUCAUUAUGCAGUAGGUUUGAAUACUCCACAAAUAUGUAAUGUCUUAAUUAGUAAGAUGCUUGGGGGAGGUGGGGGAAUGGUGAAUGUGUCAUCUUCACUGAUGAGCUGGAAAACUGACCUGUCCAGUGGAAUUUAGUGGAAUCUGCUUAGUGUAUUGGGAACUUGCCAGUGUGGCCUGAUUAUUUUUUUCUUUUGUUUUUGUUGUUUUUAAUUAACUCUUGAUUGCACAAGGUGAACUGUUUAACUUAAUUUCUGUUCAGGCUUAUUGGCCCAUGGCAAGUCUGAGUUUUAAAGAGGGUUUGAUUCGACAAAAGAAUGUUGAAAAACUUCAACUGAGGCUAAUGGUGCCUUUUUACCUGAGAGUGAAAAGCUGAAAAGCACAUAUUGAAGGAAGACACAGUCAAUUUGGGAAAUAAAUGUAUGCCUACCAUGCUUAUCAUUUCAGACAGGUAAGCCUGUCUCUUUUGCUAAUUUUCACUGAACAGGGCCAUUCUUGUCUUCUGGAAAGCAAGAUAUUUAUAAUGUAAAUAGUUGUAUUGAUUUUUUUUUUCCUUCCUCUGUAACUAAUAUGUAAUAAUCCAACACACUAUUUCUGUUACAUCUUUUACAACAAGGCCGCUGUAUGCCUAAAUAUGGUUGACCUCUGACUUUUUCCUAAGUCAGUCACAUGCUGAAAAGGAGGGUGCUGGAGGUUUCAGUGUACAUAUAGAAGAAUCAUGUAUAUUUAGUAAAUUGAGUAAGUGGGACUUAUGGCCAGUAUCCAUUAAGCUACACAGUAACAAAGCUGCAGAUCUUAACUAGCAAAAACAACUGUUCACCUUGCAAUGUCCAUCCUGUAAUAAGAUCUAAGUUGCACCUGCCUGUAGUUCUGCAUGAUCAGACUUCAAAGUAUAACUAACAAGAUCUGUAAUGUAUCAGUGUUGAUAAACGUAAAUGUAAAAAAAAAAAAGAAAAAAAAAAAGAAAAAAGAAAAACUUCACCAACAAAAGAAAAUCAACAGCAACAGUUCAGUAUCAGGACUGGAAGAUGAAACAUGUCCAGUUUUGUUGCGCAGUUAUAGCUGAAAAGAACAACCAGUGUCAGUCAGCAUAAAUGGACUGUGGUAGUGACAUUUGUUAAGGAACCAACCUUAAUUCCAUAUUGUUUUGUUCUUAUCCUGUUUUCCUUUGACCAUCUGUUGUUCCCUGUAUGUAGUACAGGGGAGAACAAGGCCUCAGUCAUUGGUGUUUUAUGGGUCAAUAUCGCAUCAAUGAUUUCUGAUUUCUGUUUGUUUAGCAAUUACUGAACUAAGAUGGGAAUCUCGUGUUCUCCCAUGUGUCAGAAGGAAUCCUGUCAGAGCUUCCUCAUGAGGAUACUCUUCUCACUGCUGUCUUGACUCCUGUCAGUUGAAUGACUUUGCAGUGUUCCAAAUAAACAGCACAACACAGCAAACCAUAUUGAUUGAGGGCUUCAUUACAUGUGUGUUGUGCAUCUGUACUUUCACAGGGGCUCAAAGUCAUGCAGGGACAGGACUCAAUUGAAAUAUGGUGUGUACUCUAUGCAUGACGCCUAUAUUACACCUUUAUGACCUUAUAGUGGUAAAACUGCUGAUCUUUAUGGACGUGGAUUUGGACCAUAUUUUUAUGGAGGAAAGCUGUAGUGAACCUCGGUCCUUAUCCCACAAACCACUCACUCCUAUCCAGGGCAGCUAAGUGGAAGUUAAAGUGGUGUGAGGGCUUUCUGGGGGGCCGUGCACAGGGGUGAAUUUCAUGCUGUUUGAAUGUGAUCUUUCCAAAAAGCCUCUAUGUCUAGCAGGGGAGACUGUGACUGUUCUAUAAGGAGUGUUUGUGUUGUUUACUUUAAAACAAGCUUUGCUAAUUAAAAUAGUGUAUUCCGGAGUCCUAUUUGAAUGGCAUGAAGGGUAUCAAUUAAGAAGAUACAAAGUA